UUGGAAACAAAAAUUCGAAAAAUCAAAAUGACAUCGGAUGAAAAAAAUGGAAAAUCAAAUUUUGAAAAAAAGGGAAAAUUUUCAGCGGAAAACUGUACUGAAAGUAUUGUUGAAUAUUUAAUUGCUAAUUUUACGCGAAUUCAUCUUGCUGAAGACGAGUUUAACAAUUUUCUCAUCGUAACGUAGUUCAAAUUGAAUUUAAUUUCGAAAAAGCUUUACUUUGAUAAGAGAACGUGUGUUGAUAACAGAUCUUUUUCCUAUUUUGUUGUGCAUUUCUUGUAUUAAUGGAACGAUAUUUUGUUCGUCCUUAAUCACUAGUAACCAUAACGUGAUAAUCUGAACGAUGAGUAAAUAUUCCAGUGAUUCUGACGACGAUUACAGAGGGAAAAGUUCCCGGCGGAAACGACGAAGGUCUGAUUCUUCAUCUUCAAGAGACAGUCAUGUAAAAAGUUCCAAAAGACGAUCUCGUAAAUCGCGAAGUCAUUCUCGAGACAGUUACAGAACAUCCUCCAAGAGUAUUCACAAAGACAAACGUUCAUCUUUAAAAGAUAAAAGUCGUUCUCAACGUUCUAGGUCACCGUACCGAAACCGGUCUAGAUCACGGCGUAGGUAUAGGUCAACAUCGAGGAGUCGGUCCAGAUCUCGAGGAUCUUCUAGCGGUUACUCUAAAAAGAAAAAUUAUUCUAAAUCAAAACGACGGUACAAAUCUCGUAGCAGAUCUCAUUCGCCUCAUAGAAGAUCAAGAUCACGUUCCAGACGAAGAUCGAGAUCGAGAUCCAAGUUAAGAUCACACCGUUCCCGAUCACGGUCCGGUAGCACAUCUAAACGAACCAAACGUCCUUCCAAUGAUGAAAAUGGGCGUGGGACAUCUUCUAGUUCAAAUGAUUGUAUCGCUGUUGAUUGUAAACCUUUACAAGAAUUGCAUAGACGAAUAUCGCAAAAACCCUUAAGACCAGAGAAUAAUUUCAGUCUCGAUAAUAACCCUAAAUUAAUCACUAUUCCUUCUGAUGAUCCAGUCGUGAAACAAGAACAAUUAGAUGACAUAAAUGCUACUUCAUUUACUCCUAAAACGUUCAAAUCUAGUAAAUCAUCAAAUCUCGAUCGACCAGAUACAAAACCGUUGCCGUCAUCGCUAAAAUUGGAAAAUGAGUUGAAUAAUUUAGCAAUUACCAAUUUCAGCGAACAGAUGGUAAAAUCGAAUAAUUUCAGCGACGUAAAACGUAUAAAUGAGACUGUUUUUCACGAUAGUAUUGCCUUCAAUGAUGACGAACAGAAAAUCCGAGAGUGGGUGAAAAAAUUAUUAGUACUACGACAAAAGCAUCUCAACGGUCAUUAAAAAUAGUAAAAUUGAAUCCACUGUCCACUUGUAAAUAAUUUUGUACAAGACGAUAUUUCUAAUAAAUUAAUUCUUGAAUUUUCGUUAUCAA